GAUGCAAGGGGAAGCCAGCAGACAUCUACUUCUUGCUGGACGCAUCUUCUUCCGUUUGGGUCGGUCACUUUCAUGAUAUGGUUCUGCCUUUCGUCAGGGACCUGGUAUCGUCCUUCCACAUUUCGCCUCUACACACGAGAGUUGGUCUUGUCACUUAUUCUAACAAUGUCCAUCAUGAAUUCGGUCUGUCGGAGCAUGAAAACAUCAACGCCCUGCUGGCUGCAGUCCAACCAGAGCAUGUUGAAUACCUGACUGGCGGCACCAACACAGGGGAAGCAAUCAAGUAUGUCGCCGACAUCGGUUUCGGUGCUGGUGAGGCCAGGAAGGGAGUGGCUCAGAUAAUUGUCACUGUCACUGACGGACUCUCACAGGAACCAAAGAAAACGGCCAAAGCAGCUGAAGAGGCCAGACGGAAAGGAGUGUACAUGUUCGCUAUUGGCGUGGGACAAGAAGUUGAUCCACAGGAGCUGUCGGACAUUUCCAGCGACCCAGACGAGGACUUUGUGUUUAGUGUUGAUGACUUCAAGGCACUGUCCUCUGUCACUAACCUUCUGGCUCUGAAGACGUGCGAGGCUUUGUCUAAGCCUCCUAGGGAUGACAGAAACAGACCACAACAACUUGCAAAGUGCUCCACAUUGGCCUCUAACGUUGUGUUUGUAUACGACAACUUCCACUCCAUUGAAUCAUCAAAAGUUAUUGUACAAGAACUCAUUACAGAUUUCGUCAACGACAUUGCAAUCACUGCUUCGCAUAUCAAGGUGGGUAUACUGACCCAGCCUUGCACUGGAGGCGGUUCUUGGCUACAGAGUGUCGCCGAGUCUCGUAAAUCUGUGGCAAGCAUCAGGGCAGGAUACACAAUAAGCUACUCAGACAUUGUCAGACAGCUCAGAACUGAAAUGUUCAAAAGUGUUCCACUUACUGAGCACCGGGUUGCGGUUUUAGUUGUUGAUGAAAUGACAGGGAACUUGGAGAAGCUUCAAAAAGAAGUGAAGCUGUUACAGAUCAGCAAUACGAAAAUUAUUGUUGUAGCUGUUGGCAAAGUUGAAGAGGCUUUUCUUGAGAAGCUGGUGGCUAAACCCGUCAGAGAUCAUGUCCUGAGAGUCGACAGUUACAGCCAAAUGCGAGAUGCCAAGUUGGACGUUCUAAGCCUGUUAUGUGACAAGAGCUCUAGUGAUUUGGCUAGGUUUCUAGAACCAGAACACUCAGAUGAAUACAGCAACGAGAAUUUCCAUAAUAUGCAUGGCCAGGUUUCUGUUGAUGAGAACCAAAAUGGAGAAAGUAAAGAAGGUGAACAUCUUACCAACAGCAUCUCUGUCAAUGGGCAAGUAUCGGGUGCAAAGAACAAUGUCAACAAUGAAAAAGGGAAUGAAUCAAAAGCUCAUCAGAUAAGCACAGAAAACUAUCCUCACAUUCAUUAUCAGCCGGCGUAG